UUUAAAACCCGUGACUGAGCAGUUGCUGUGUAGCUUCUCCAGCGUGUGAGGUUGUCGUCUCAAGAUGGCGCCCCGGUCGCGCUCGCACGGCCCCGCCGACGCGCCUCAACCGAGCCAGCAAUUCGCCACCGGAUUUCGCCGCUAUCCGACCAACCGUGACGCCUUAAACAAGUCGGCUGUGUCAUGGAUGGAAGGGAAGAGGGUUGACGAUGACGUCGGACCUUACUGGAGGGUGCACGAUAAGAUUUACGACCUCGAGAAGUUUAUCGACAAGCACCCUGGAGGCAAGGACUGGCUCCUGACGACGCGAGGCACGGACAUCACCGAGGCUUUCGAGAGCUCCCACAUCUCGGCCUCGGCGGAGAAGAUACUCUCGAAGUACUACUUGAAGGACGCCGCCACGCCCAGGGUUUCGCCGUUCACCUUCCACGACGAUGGCUUCUUCAGGACGUUCAAAAGGAAGGUGAGACCCGUCCUGCAGAAGGUGGGUCGCGGUCCGGACUGGAGGAUGAUUCUGAUUCAGGACGGACUCGCUCUCGCCUUCGUGGCUCUGACGAUGGCUGCUGUCCUCAGGGAGUCCUUCCUCGCAGCUGCUCUCGGUGGCGUGGUUCUGGCCAUGAUGAGCAUGUGCGCUCACAACUUCUUCCAUCAGAAGGACAACUGGCGGAUGUACCUGUUCGACCUGACCCUCUUCUCCUCCCACGACUGGAGGAUAAGCCACGCCCUUUCGCACCACCUCUUCACCAACACCAUCUACGACUUCGAGAUUUCGGUGUUGGAGCCCUUCUUCGAGUUCCUGCCGAAGGCCAACAAGACGUGGCUGCAGCGAUACGGGAGCUAUUUCUACAGCGUGGCUCUCUUUCCAGUAUUUUUCUAUCUGGAGGCCCUGAAGAAGUGGAAAAUGAUAGCCUUUGGGGAGCAGAAGAUGAGGCCUGAGAAUACCUUACCUAUAUGUGAAUUGGCUGUUUUCUGUGCCUUUGUGUCGUCGAGUUGGACAGGCCUGAAGCUGUGGUUAGUGAUGCACUGCGCGUGUAGUGUGUGGUUCUCCUUCAUCGGGCUGACGGCGGCGCACCACCAUCCCGACAUCUACCACGAGGGCGACGCCAUGAGAGACAACCCGGACUGGGGCCUUUGCCAGCUGGACGCCGUGAGAGACAGGAUGGAAGUGACAGGGAACCUAUUUCUCGUCUCCACCACCUUCGGCGACCACAGCCUGCACCACCUGCUGCCCACAGUAGACCACUCGAAGCUGGAGUACCUCUACCCAGCGUUCUUCGAGACCUGCGAGGAAUUCAACAUCCCCUUCCAAUUCGUGCGACAGUGGGAGCUGGUCUGCGGGAAGUACCUUCAGCUGGCCAACGUCACUCCCAAUACCAGGAGUCCGGGCUAUAAGGAGAAGACAAAAAAGCUGAUAUGAUACCUAACCAUUUUAUAAUAUCAAGUGCUCUUAGUAAACUUAAUGCACUUUACCA